CCUUACCCGGAAGCGGCUGCGGCCUACUCGCUUGUGGCGGCCAGUGGAGCCUGGCGGUUGCUAGGCGAUGGCUCCGGUGUCCCGCUCGCGGAGCCCGGUGGAGUCUCCGUCCUCCCGGCGCGGGCGCGGUGAGGGCUCGGCCAGCCCUUCUCCGCCUAGGCCCAGCCGGAGCAGGCGGUCCCGGUCCAGGUCCCGGUCCCGGUCCCGCGAGCCCAGUGGGUUUCGCCAGCGGCCUGGGCCCCCGCACCACUUUAGCCACCGGCACGGCCUCGAGCAUUACGGCAAGGAGCAGGAGGAGUCGCUGCGGCAGAGGAGAUUAAAUGAGAGAGAAAGAAUAGGUGAACUCGGAGCACCUGAAGUUUGGGGGUUCUCACCGAAAGUUCCUGACCCAGAUUCUGAUGAACAUACCCCUGCAGAAGAUGAAGAUGGGACAUCUAAAAAGAGCAGCUCCUCUGAUUCCAGCUCAGAAGAGGAGGAGAAGAAAAAGAAGAAGAAAAAGAAGCGAAAAGUUGCUUCACGUGAGGGGGGAAAGAAGAGAGCUAAGAAGAAGAAGAAGAAGAAGCACAGAAAAAAAAAGUCCAAGAAGAAAAGGAGUAAGAAGAGCAGGAAGGACUCCAGCGAGUCAAGCAGCGAAGAUUCUGAUGAUGAAGCACUGCAAGGGGAUGAUCUCUGGAUUGAAAGAUCAAAAAACACAGAUGCAGUGGACUUCAUUGGACCAGAAGCUCCCAUUACCCAUGCCUCUCAAGAUGACCGGCCCUUGAACUAUGGACAUGCUUUACUCCCUGGUGAAGGCGCUGCCAUGGCGGAGUAUGUAAAAGCUGGAAAACGCAUCCCUAGGAGAGGUGAAAUUGGCCUCACCAGUGAAGAGAUUGCAUCAUUUGAGAAGUCUGGCUAUGUAAUGAGUGGCAGUAGACAUCGGCGAAUGGAAGCUGUGCGUCUGCGCAAAGAGAACCAGAUCUACAGUGCAGAUGAGAAGAGAGCCCUGGCAUCUUUCAACCAGGAGGAGAGGCGGAAGAGAGAGAACAAGAUCCUGGCAAGCUUCCGCGAGAUGGUCUACAGAAAAACCAAAGGCAAAGACGAAAAAUGAGCUGCUUGCUCUGCUUGUACACCACCACUUGGAACCGUUGUCGGCCAUCCCCGCCUGAUAAUAGCAGUUUGAAAAUUGGUGUGUCCAGUCCCACAGCCCUGCUUGCUUGGGCCUAACGCUGCCUCAACUUUGGAAAACGGUUCAUGAGUAUUAUAACAGUGUUGGCAGGUUUUGUUAACAAACUUACGUGGCUUUGCCAAUAGCAGAAGUAUACAGGCCUGCACGAAGUGAGGUAGGAAUUGAGCAAGGCCAACCGUCACGCAAACGAUACCAAAAUAUUGCUGGCAAUCAGAGAUGUUGCCAUCUGUUGAUGAUCUGGGAACGCUUGUUAAAAUUCUGAGCCGCGAAGUAACUAGCUCAUCCCAGAUGGAUAAAAACAGGGACUUCCAUGGCUGAAACUUGUGGUUUUAUUAAGGUCACUUUGCUCUACGUUCUUGGAUAAAAAAAUGUUGAGCCCAAAGUGCAGGACAGAAUAGAUUGAAGAGAUCUUUCAUUGGCCUAGAGAAAUAAAAGAUGGCCCAAUGACAUUGUGUGUCUACCCCUGUACACCCGACAAGACUGAACCACUCUUAAUGCUGGACAUCACCUUUAUAAGCUUCCUGUCCAGAAUGUAUGCAUUUUUUGUUUGUAAGUAAGCGUUCCUCCCUUCAUUUUUAAUAGCACAAAUUGGCUUACACCGUAGUCUUGGGGUUUUUUUUUUUUUUUGCUCGGACACCUUGUAAAUAGAAUUACAUCACAUAGUACAGAUUUAACUUCGUUAUUUUCAAAUUCUGUAUAUUUGGCAAUAUGAAGAGUGAUGACCUAGAACUUACAAAAGAAGAAUGUAAGCUUCUUCCUGCCUGACAUUGUAAAUAGUGUCUGAAUAGGAUGGAUGGGGUAGAUAUCUAUAAACUGGUGGGGUGGUUCAAAGGUCCAUGUCGCAGUUGCACAGGCUGUGCGUUAGGACUUCUGACCGCCCCCCUUCAGAAAUCUUUGGGGCUGCCCAACAGGCCAUCCCCCCCACUUCAGGACAACCUCAGGGCACCUCUGACAAAGCACAGGAAGCUGCAGUCUGAAAAGGGGGUGGGGGGAACCAAACCCAAAACAAAACAGGAAAACCCCAGUGUGUGUGGGGGGGCUUUAUCUGCUACAUUCUGAGUACCCCUUUCUUGCACUCUUCCAAAAUAUUUUUAAAAUAAAGUGUUCCCUUGGGUGCAUCUGA